AUCACAAGUCGCUAGUUCCGCUUCCCCCUUCUCGACAUAGCGGAAUUAUCAUCGAAGGGCCCCAAAAAGACAGAAGGGGGUUAAAAAGUUGCACUGCACAUUGUUGUCACCUGUUUUACACCUGGUCUUAUUUAUGGACGAGUUUCGGAAGAAGUACUGCACUUUUUUGGGAUUUAAGAACCUUUUUUAAAGCACAGAGGAAGGACAGACCGCAGGGAGUCGAGGAGUUCUGUUCACAUUUAACUGCCCGGUAUAGUUCUUCCUUCCUCUCCUGGCUGCACAUCCUGCGGUGCUGCAUGAGCACACGUGUGCUUCAUGCUGAUGUGAUCCUCCCUCUUCGCUUGCCGCCCCAUCCGUCCUCGCCCCCUCUCCUGCGAAAACAACCCAAACAAACUCCAACCUGAACGAUGUGCGACAACGCCGACCCCGAGGACAAGCCCCCCGCCCCGCCGGUCCGCAUGAGCAGCACCAUCUUCAGCACUAGCUCCAGCAAAGACUCACUGUCGGCGAACCACAGCUCCAAGCCGCUGCCCUCGGUGCCUGAGGAGAGAAAGCCACGCAGCAAGAUCAUCUCAAUUUUUUCCGGCGCCGAGAAAGGCGGGAGAAAGAAAGAUCGAGACAAAGAGCGACCGGAGAUAUCACCGCCUUCCGAUUUUGAGCACACUAUUCAUGUGGGCUUCGAUGCUGUCACGGGGGAGUUCACUGGUAUGCCGGAGCAGUGGGCCCGGCUUCUGCAGACCUCAAACAUCACCAAGUCGGAGCAGAAAAAGAACCCGCAGGCCGUGCUAGACGUCCUCAAGUUCUACGACUCCACGGGCAACGGGCGCCAGAAGUACCUCAGCUUCUCGUCUUCUGAAAAAGAAGCAUUCACUCCAGGGCCACAGUCCCCAGUCAAAAAAGGCGCAGAGCCAACAUCUCCGACUAUCAAAGACAUUGACGACGACGAUGACGACGAAGCCCCGCCUCCCGUUGUGGCCCCCAGACCGGAACACACCAAGAGCGUGUACACGCGCUCCGUCAUCGAGCCCCUCCCCACCCCCGGCUUGAGCACGGACGGCGACUUGGCAUCCAAGGCUGCCGACAGACAGAAGAAGAAGGGCAAAAUGUCAGAUGAGGAGAUCAUGGACAAACUGAGAACUAUUGUCAGCAUUGGUGACCCUAAGAAGAAAUACACCAGAUAUGAGAAGAUUGGUCAGGGAGCUUCUGGAACAGUCUUCACUGCCAUCGACGUCGCCACAGGACAAGAGGUGGCUAUUAAGCAGAUCAACCUCCAGAAGCAGCCCAAGAAGGAGCUGAUCAUCAACGAGAUCCUGGUGAUGAAGGAGCUCAAGAACCCAAACAUCGUCAACUUCCUCGACAGUUUCCUGAUGGGGGAGGAGCUAUUUGUGGUGAUGGAGUACCUGGCGGGCGGCUCGCUCACCGACGUGGUCACGGAGACGUGCAUGGAUGAAGCGCAGAUAGCCGCUGUCUGCAGAGAGUGUUUACAAGCGUUGGACUUCCUGCACGCCAACCAAGUCAUCCACAGAGACAUCAAAAGUGACAACGUGCUGCUCGGCAUGGACGGCUCCGUCAAGCUCACCGACUUCGGCUUCUGCGCCCAGAUCACUCCGGAGCAGAGCAAGCGCAGCACCAUGGUGGGCACACCCUACUGGAUGGCCCCCGAGGUGGUGACCCGUAAAGCCUACGGGCCCAAAGUGGACAUCUGGUCGCUGGGCAUCAUGGCCAUCGAGAUGGUGGAGGGCGAGCCCCCCUACCUCAACGAGAACCCCCUGCGAGCCUUGUAUCUCAUCGCCACCAACGGGACGCCCGAGCUGCAGAACCCUGAGAAACUGUCGCCGGUCUUCCGAGACUUCCUCAACCGAUGCCUGGAGAUGGACGUGGAGAAGCGAGGCGGAGGCAAAGAGCUCCUGCAGCAUCCCUUCCUGAAGCUGGCCAAGCCUCUGUCCAGCCUCACACCGCUCAUCCUGGCCGCCAAGGAGGCCAUGAAAGGCAAUCGUUAAGAAGAAGACACACGUACACACAACCACGCAUACACACACACACACACUCAUCACGUGCCAACGAUUUACAAUUUGUGCCAGACAAAAGGUUAACAAAAAAGAAAAUCACUGUGAAGAAGACCAAAAAUGUCAAGCAUGAAAGACACGCACACAAACACACACACACACUAUCCGCUGUCCAUAUGAAGUCUCUGACAAACUCUGGUUAGGACUGGGCUUGUAUUUAAUGAAGAUGAUGCCUCGUCCUAGUUUCUAGUGUUGUUGUUUUUUUUAAUUGACUGCCUUAAAAAAAAUGCAAAAGUGUUGCCUAAUGUAUUGUUGAUUUUUGUCCCCCUGUGAUUUUUACUACUUUUUUGUAAUUUUACUUUCCUCAGCUCUGUCAGUGUCUUUUUAGUUCUUUUGAUACUUGAAUCUCUGUCUCUCGCUCUUUUUCAUUCGACUGCUUUUAUAGGAAACAUUUCAAGAGCACGAUAUCUUUUUGUUGAUUUCACAUACGCACCACACACACGUACACUCACACGCGACAGAGCUACUGUACCAUGUUAGUCCCUUGAUAGCAGAGGUGCACCUUACAGGCAAGUUCAUUUUACAUGGACAUGGUUUAUAUUUUCCUCUCUACUGUUGAUAUUAAAAGUGGAAAAAUUG